AUGGGCUCAAUAAUAGGACCAAUCCUUGCUGAAUUAAGUAUGUGCAAUAUUGAUCAUGACGUUGUCAAUAUCAAGGGUAUAAUAGAACUGUACCGUUACGUCGACGACUGUUUUCUCAUAUAUGAUGACAACAUCAUACAGGCGAAUAAAAUUCUGGAACACGUAAAUAAAAUAGAUAAUGACAUUAAAUUUGACUUAGAACCUGAAUGCAACUGUCAGUUACCAUUCUUAGACAUUCUCGUCACGAGACACAAAGACAAAACAACCUUUAAAAAAUAUAAAAAACCUUGUACUAUUGACAGCGUCAUACACUUUACAUCUGAAGUACCAACUUAUAUAAAAAAGAAUACUUUCUACAUGUACUUGGAUAAAAUUAUGCAACGUACCACAUAUGAUACCGAUAUAUCCAAUGAAAUCGAAGACAUCAUAAAAACAUACUUAUUGAACGGUUAUAGCAAGCGCAUGAUUAGUAACUGGCUUAAUAAAAAAUAUGUUAAUGCACACAAACAACCAAUUGACAACACUGCUUAUAAAUUCCUUAAAAUUCCUUACGUUACGAAUAUUUUUGAAAGAAUCAAAAGUAAAUUAGUUAAGUAUAAUAUUAUUCUGGUACCCGAACAUCGCAACAGCUUACAUAAGGAAAUAAACGUACCUAACAGGAAAGCUAACAUAUGGGACCAAAAAAACGUUGUUUACAAAUUUGAGUGCGACUGUACCACACCCAAAUCUUACAUUGGUGAAACUAGUAGGGAAUUAAAGGUCCGUUUCAAUGAACAUAUCUCUGCCAUAGCACACAACAAUGAUAGCUCGGCUGUAGCCGCCCACUGUAAUAAUGAAGGCUGUCAGAUUGUAAAGGAUACUGUCAAAAUACUUAGAAAGGAACCAAAUACUUAUAAAAGAAGAUGGUACGAACACUUAGAAAUAAUUAAAAACAAAGAGAAAAUCAUGAAUAAUAACUCUGGCCAAAAAUUACAUGAAUCGUGGUACGCAUAUUUGACCAGAGGAGGCGUGGGGGGAGGGGAGAGGUGUGAAAACGGAUAG